AUCCAAAUCCUUAUUUCGGUCGCCUCAGAGGCAAUCAAACUUGAAAUGACUUCGCCUGUUUUCUCAAGUCGUGUUGUAAAAUUAGAUGGCAUUAAGUUUGAUCACAAAGAUUUUUUAGGGAAAGGUAGUUAUGGCUCAGUGCUUCGUGAUGGCUCAUUUAAAGGUCAAAAGGUAGCAAUAAAAAGAAUCGAGGUGAUCAAAGACACGGAUCUAUCGAUGGACGACCAGUUUAACACUCUGUCGCAGUUAGAUCAUCCGAAUGUUGUGAAACUUCUUCACUGUGAAGACGACAACGACUUUAGGUACUAUACAUUAGAAUCAUGUGUCGCCUCGUUAGGUCAACUGUUCUUGAAGUCAGAUGACUCUCAAAAAUACAAUGGACCCAUGCCACAUCAUGUCGAAGCACUGCUUCAAUUAGCUUUAGGUCUUGAACGCAUCCAUUCAAAGAAUUUAAUUCACGGAGACCUAAAACCAGAAAACGUCCUUAUUUCGGUGGGAUCUGCUGAGCAAGAUGAGAUAACUCUCAAAUGGGCAUAUUUUGGACUGACGAGACAUGCCGAUGAACGAGGAACAGAGACGAUAAAUCAAACAAGGGAUAACAACGCAUGGUUAGCGCCUGAGGUACUGUUGCUUAAGCUGAGCGGCAAUUCACAAGAAAACAAGUAUCAAAGUACCGUAAAAAGCGACAUCUUUGCACAAGGACUUGUUUUCGGUAGUCUAUGCUUAAAUGGCGAACACCUCUACGGUUCCAUGGAAAAUGAAAAUGAAAUUUCCGGCAAUAUAAUUCACAGAAAUCCCGUCAAUAUGCCAAAAAUGGAUCGCAAAUUACGUAACUGCUAUGAGGAUGAACUAUUUAAAAAGAUGUUGGAAAACGACCCUGCAAAAAGGAUGACAUCGAAGGAAGUUGUCGAUCAAUUGAAAUCCAUCAAGGAUAAGCUUGCUGGAAAAGAAAAAGAAUUGCUUCGAUUAUGUGGACGUGACACUCAGUUGGAUCUAACGGAGCAAAUCAAAAACUUAAUUCUUUUCGGAAUCAACUUAAAUGCAAAGGACAACGAUGGAAGUAAUGCGCUUCAUCUUUUGUGUCGCUACUAUUCAAGCUCAAAACUAAUCGACGCGAUUAAAAUCGUAAUCCAAAGCGGAAUCAACGUGAAUGCAAAGGACAAGUGCGGACGGAACGCACUUCAUUAUUUGUGUCGAUUCAAUUUAAGCUCAAACUUAAUCGACGCAAUCCAAAACUUGAUUCUAGCCGGAAUCAACGUGAACGAAAAAGGCAACAAUGGAUGGAAAGCACUUCAUUAUUUGUGUUUUUUCCAUUCAAGCCCAAAAUUAUUGAACGCAAUUGAAAGCUUGAUCAAGCACGGCAUCAACUUGAACGCAGAGGUCGAGGAUGGACAGAAUGCGCUCCAUCUUUUGUGUCAGGUAAAGGAUGGAAGCCCAAACUUUGUCGACGUUAUUCAACUCUUGAUUCAACACGGCAUCGACACGAACGCGAAAAAUAAAAAUGGAUGCAAUGCGCUCCAUUUUUUGUGUCAAAACAAUUCCAGCGCAUACUUGAGGGACGCAAUUAAACUCUUAAUCCGACAAGGAAUCGACGUGAAUGCAAAGGACAAGGAUGGACGGAACGCGCUUCAUUAUUUAUGUCGACACAAUUCAAGCACAAAUUUAAGGGACGCAAUUCAAAUCUUAUUCCAAUACGGAAUCGAUGUGAACGAAAAGGACAAUCAUGAAUGGAAUGCGCUCAAUUUCUUAGUUAGAAAUAGCAUGGAUAAAUACUUGAAAUCGGACGUCUUUAGAUUUUUAAUCCGACACGGGGUUCAGGUUCAUAAUGAAAAUGAUGAGACGAGUGCCAAGUUGUUUCAAGACUUCUUCAAAGAAAACGAAAAUAAUGGAAAAAAAUGUUUUGACUUUCUGGUAGAGGAAAAAAUCCGUCUGGGAUGGCACGACGCAUGUGAACAUUGCCAACAAAUACUGUCGAUUGAGGAAAGUCCCCGAGCAAGAUUAUGGCACCACCAAAUGUUUAGCAGCUGCUACCUAGUGUUUGAUUCUCUCAUGGAAGAAUUAGAAAAAUGGGCAAAAUCCUCAAUCAAUAAAUUUGGAGAAUCAGAGCUAGAUAUAAAAAACCCAACAGAAUGGCUACGUGGAAUAGCAGAAGAGUACCAGCAAAAUACAACUGACAAAAGCUACAAAGAGGACUUUGAAGUAAUGGCUGAUGUCAGUGAACAAGUCAAAGACGGAAACAACUCGAGUCAUUUUAACUGUGACAACUACGAACGCUAUUUGAGAUCCAUGUAUUCGAUCGCAGAAAUGACUGACUCAAAAGAGUCUAUGGGACAUAUAAAAUGGUGUUAUCUUUUACCUUUUGAUUAUCCUAUUGACUAUAGCAAUGAUAAGACAUCAAUCAAGCAAGCGAAAAUCGAAUGGGACAAAACGCUUUUUAGCUGGGCUCACAGGGAAACUGACAAAGAUUACGGAAAGUUUAUGACAGAGGAUGCGAACGACGGCUUCUUUUUGCCGAAAGAGUUCAAAUACAAGUGUCAUGGCGAGCUUUAAUAUAAUGUCUUUUUGGGGUGUAAAUUUAGGAAUAGAGUUCAUGUUUUGUUUAGAAUAACCACAUUUUAUCUCUCUCUAGUUUGUAGGUUUUUUCCCCUUAUGUAAAGGUUUAAAACACACUUGGUUUGUGUAGUAAAAUACACUGUUUAAAAGGCA